AUGGCCAGUUCAAGCAUUCGAGACCUGGCAAACGUAGCUAACAGCAAAGAGAAUGAACUAUCAUUCCUGGAGGUGUACAAAAUGUGGUCAACGAGGGGAAAGAGGACUAAUUUAAAGUUCAUCGGCCAAAAAGAAUUAGCCAAAUCUGCAUCAACUAUCAACCUAAGGAAGUCACUAGGCAUUAAAGCAAAGGCAAGGUACAGAGACGGCGCAAGCGAAGAAUCCGACAGCCAGAAGAUAAGCAACCAGAAAAUGGGACAUACUCUGAGUGGUUUGACUCCAUGA